AUGGAACUCGAAGGGCCCACGCAGCAGAAGGGUGCCAGGAGGAUCAAGGGCCGGGUCGCGAUCGCGUGCACCGAGUGUCGCAGCCAGCAUCUGCGGUGCGAUGCUAUCGUGCCGACGUGCUCCAGAUGCCGCAACUUACGCAAGACAUGCGUCUACUUGGACCUGCGGCGGAGUCGUCGGAGGCAUGCCAGUGUCGAGAAGGCGACGCAUCCGAGGCAUCGCCAUGGGACUAAUAAUGAGACCAGAGCCACUCCGGUAUCUCUUCCACAGAGCCGGGCUUCUGAGGGAGCCCAGUCACCACUGACGCGGUUUAUCGCGUCCAGCCACGCCGUUGUCCCGGCGCCGUUUGUGGACAGCUACCUUCUCACAAGCAGACCGGCCGACGCUUUCUAUAAGUUUUUCUUUCCAGGCCAUCCUUUUGUCCUGCCGAGAUAUCAUUUGAUGCGCCGAUCUGAGAGGACUACGGACGUCAACUGCGGUCUCGUCCUGAUCAUCACUUUCAUUGGCUCGAUAUACAUACACGAUGUACUAUCAAAUGAGUAUAAGCAGGCCGCCGAGCGGGCGUUGAGUGAGCAGCUGGCGCCCAAUGGCUUCAAUGUUCAAGCUCUGAUGCUACUGGCUCUUACCUUGGAAUGGUCGGGUGAGAAUGAGAGAGCGGCAACCAUUCUUGAACAGGCAAAGACAAUGGGCCUAGAAAUAGGAAUUCAGAAGCGGAAUUUCGCUUCCACACAUGGCUAUGGAGACGAAGUGCUGGAGGAAAGCUGGCGGCGAACGUGGUGGGAGCUCUACGUGACUGAUGCCCUCUUCGCGGGCAUUCGCCAUUUGCCUACCUUCUCACUUUGGGGAGUAGACGCGGAUGUCGAUAUUCCUUGCGAGGAAAAACAGUACCUGGGAGGAACGAUUCCUCAGCCCCGAACGAUGAGUGACUAUGAUGAUCGCGGGUUCGACGACAACUGCGAAGGCUUUUCUUCAUUUGCAUAUCUCAUUGAUGCCACUCGCAUACUUGGGACAACUCUGGCCGCAGGUGACAUUGCCAACAAAUCUGCUUAUUCUUUUGUCAAGAACGCUGAGGCAAACCUCAUGAGCUGGGACUUGCAUUUACCACGGUCGAAACGCGACCCUGUUCAAUCCGAUGGAACUGUCGACGAGAUCCUCUUCAAGGCUCAUAUGACAAAGAACACCACGUCUACCCAUCUCCAUCGGCCAAGGUCGAUGCUACACUACACCACGAUGGAGCUUCUAUGUUCCAAAUACGCGCCACCACUUCCCGCAGAAGUUCUCAGUGAAGAAGAGCAACAUCUUGAUAGGCACACGCACAAGGCGAUAAACGCUGCUAAAAAUUUUGUCGACCUACUUACCGCUUCUUCUUCCCCGCUGACACACAGCCCGUUUGUGAUGUGCAUGGGAUCAUUGGCUGUAGCCACUUGUCUCUCGAGCUGUGAGCAUAUCCUGACAGGCAGCGAAAUCAUACGGGCAAAGGACCGGGUUCGGGUAUUUCUAGGCGUACUGAAAGCGUUUGCGACAAUAUGGUCGCAGGCCAGGCACUGGUCGGGAGAGAUUAAGCUCAUGGCAAACGUUUGCCAGAAGGAGUGGACAGUCGGAUCUGGGUACGAAUGGGGCGGUUGA